AUGCCUGAAGGAGGCCCGACACGCCCGAUCGCGCCCUCCGGACCCCGCCUCCGGAGCGACGACGUGGAGCUCGCCCACUUCGCCAAGCCGCCCCCUGGCCGCAACCAGAGGCGGAGAGCCGGCAAGUGCUUCGUCUACACACUCGCCCUGAUCGUCAUCCUCUGCGCUGCCUUCCUCGGGUUCGCCCUCACCGUCCUCCGCGUCAAGACCCCCGGGCUCAGGCUCCGCCGCGUCGACGUCAAGACCCUAAGCUACUCCGCCGCCGCCGCCGGGGCCUCCUCCUCGGCUUCCUUGAACGCGACGCUGGUCGGGGAGGCCGUCCUCCGGAACGCAAACUUCGGGGGGUUCGAGUUCUCGAACGGCACGGCGGUGAGCGUGAUCUACGGAGGGGCGGCGCUGGGCGGGGGGAAGAUCGAAGGAGGGAGAGCGGGGGCGAGGGAGAGGGCGAGGGUGACGGUGAAGAUGGAGGUGCGGUCGAGCGAGCUGGCGGCGGACGUCGACGGGAGCAGGAACCUGGCCAGCGACGUCGGCUCCGGGACGGUGAAGCUGACGAGCUACGCGAAGAUGAGAGGGAGAGUGACGGUGCUGGGGUGGAUCAAGCGGUGGCGGACGGCGGAGAUGAACUGCACCAUGAGCCUCGAAUUGCCCGGCCGGAUCGUCCGGGAUUUGCAGUGUAACUGA